AGAGGAGAAAAACGAGAAAAACAGAGAUGAGUCUUCCGAGAAUAAUCACGAGGAACGUGACGAAGAAAAUGACACGGGCCCGCGACGACAAGUAUCAUCGUUUCUCCACACUUUUCUUACUUUCCGUCAAAGAUUCCCGAGGUACACGAAGGUACAGGAAUAUUUCCGACGCUCAGAUCAGAUCGAUUUAAUACACCAAAGAUUACGCAACGUACUCCGGGGAAAAUAUUUACGCCAAUCUCUCAAAAAUUCUCAAAUCAACGAUUAUCCUGGUUACGACUUACGAGAAGAAGAGAAAAAAAGAAGGAAGAAAUUCCCCGACCGACAAUUAUGGAACUCGAAGAACUCUCCAAGAACCAGACAAUUACUUGACUCUCGAUUCGAUUCGAUUCGAUUCUGCUCGAUCGAAGAACAAAGAUCCUCCAGUUGCAAAUGGAGAUUCGAGGAAGCGUUGUAGCGUGAAAUCUUCGUCCGCGAGAAAUAACAAGAAGUAUUUCUCAAAGACUUGGAAAGAAAGUCGAAAGGGUUGAGAGGGUUGAAGGAUCAAGUAAGAAACACGGAUCUGCUAAACAAGGAGGAGGACGAGGAGGCACCUUUAGUCUCGGAAUCGGUCGGCCGCCUAGAACGCAGAAAAAUGCCUCUGAUGUUGAAGAUGAUCGACGUGUUCGGCUCGUUGAGGUCCCUGUUCAAAGUUCAGCGGAUCUCCGAGGACACGAUGAUAUUUCGGCUGCACUAUCGCGCAACGGUGGCACUUUUGCUCGGCGGGUGCGUGACGCUGGCGUGCAAGAGCAUCUCCGGCUCGCCAAUUCACUGCGAGGCCUCCGGCUCCGUGGAUAAAGUUGUCUUGGAGACUUUCUGCUGGCUUCACACCACCUACAGCAUGGUGCACGCGUUCAACAUGAGCCUGGGACAGGCGGUGCCCUAUCCCGGCGUUUCCAACAGCAAAGGGGAAGGGAUGCACGGCCACGCGUCCCAUCCGUUGGUCAAACAGCACAAGUAUUAUCAGUGGGUCAUCUUCUUUCUGCUGCUGCAAGCGAUUCUCUUCUACACGCCUCGGUGGCUGUGGAAAGGAUGGGAGGGUGGCAAGAUUCACGCUUUGAUGAUGGAUCUCGACAUCGGCCUCUGUUCGGAGGUGGAGAAGAAACAGAAGAAGAAAAUGUUGCUCGACUAUCUGUGGGAGAAUCUUCGAUUUCACAAUUGGUGGGCUUACAGGUACUACCUCUGCGAAGUUCUUGCCCUGCUGAAUGUGAUCGGUCAGAUGUUCCUGAUGAACCGGUUCUUCGACGGUGCGUUUCUCACGUUUGGCAUCGACGUGCUCAGGUUUCUCGAGUCGGAUCAAGAGGACCGGGUCGACCCGAUGAUCUACGUAUUCCCCAGGAUGACCAAGUGCACCUUCUACAAAUACGGGGUGAGCGGCGAGGUCGAGAGGCACGACGCCGUUUGCAUACUGCCCCUGAACGUCGUCAAUGAGAAGAUCUACGUCUUUCUUUGGUUCUGGUUCCUCUUUCUCGGCGUGCUCAGCUUCAUCACGGUUUUAUACAGGAUCGUAAUUAUAUUUUCGCCGCGGACGAGGGUGUACCUUCUGCGACUGCGGUUUCGCUUGGUCAGAAGAGAAGCCGUGGAGACGAUAGUUCGGCGGAGCAAAGUCGGCGAUUGGUUUCUUCUGUACAUGCUCGGCGAGAAUUUGGACACGGUGAUAUACCGGGACGUGAUGCACGAGCUGGCGAAUAAACUCGCCUCGAGGCAUCAUCACAGCGUACCCGGGAUCAAAGGAGAACUGCAGGAAGCCUGAUCGAAACUGCCUCGGAGAGCGACGGGACCGAGCACGAUUUUCGAGGCGACGGAAAACUAUCUUUCAGCGGAAAAACGCUGUGUUUCAUUUGCGUUUCCCAAAGAUGGAAGGACGAGCGACGAAACACCGUCCUCGCAGCGCACCGGUUCAAGAAUCGUUCGCCAGUUACGAACGUUGCACCAACGAGUGGGAUUUGCAUUGAUCGUGCAAUAACAAUCGUGUAAAAGACAAAUUGCCAGCGUGCCUUGCGACGAUUUUCAAUCGAUUUUUCAAAGCAUUUUGCAAAAAUUGAAAGAAAGAAAAAGAAAGAAAAAGAAAGAAAAGAAAAAAAAAAAGAACACAACGAGUACGUUAAAGAGGCUAAAGAGUACCGAUAUCAAUGGCGAUGUCCAUGAAAUUCAAUUUUUCGAAAACGAGCACGACCUCGAAAGGUUACAUUCUCAACGAUUUCAAGUCGAAGACGGACCACCAUUUUGUUAAUCGACGAAUCAACAACCAAAGGUUUAUCAACGAAUCGUGUUUCUUACAACGAACAAGAAUACAUCUGCGUGAAGAGAGGAGAAGGAAAAUGGCUUUCUUUUCUUAUCGAUGAAAUUCCAAGCGUUUUAGAAAUGAAAAUAUAAAUAUGUAUUCCCUUCACCUAAAGUGUUCUACCUCGUACAGUCGCGUUGGAGUUACAGAUUGUAACUCCGCCAUUUUCUCAUAGAAUACGCGUUGUUGGACUAUUGCAGACGAAACGGCCAAAUUUUUGAUGAACCUCGUACUACAUCUCGAAUCGUAUCGAAACUGAAGCGAAUCUAAAGAUCAUCGUUUCGCAUUAUUACUCUAAAAUCAAUUUGCUAAUCGCUAAUGUUAAAAUCAAUUUACGAUAUCCGUUCUACUCUUAUCUUUUUCCUCUUUUUUCUCGAAAAGUCGCCAGAGUACAAUGUUCGAUAUGAUGAAACGAUAAAUGUUUCAUUCCAUUAAAUAUAGCGUACGAUUCUCCAAUAGUGAGUUGCGUUUCACACUGCGGUGAAAUCUCGCAAAGCUGCUUCCUUCUUUAUUAACGAACAUUUCCGCUCUGAGAGAACUUGCCAUCUUCUUUUUUCUUUCCAUUUUUACAGCGAAAUUCGCUCCGCGUAAGCAAGAGUACUUUUUCUCUCUUUUUUUCUUCUCCCGCCAUUUUGCAUUUAAUGCAUACACAAACGGCAGACUCUAAAUCCGCGUUUGUACAAUGGCCCUUUUGUAUGCAAGAAUCUAACGCGUCGGUAGGGACGCAAGUUCUGCAACGAGAAUCGUAAUAACGUAUUGUAUUUUUCUUUCGCAAAGACUGUGUUAACGUAAAACGAGCCCGCGGGAUAAACUUUUAUCGAAAUGAAACUCUCGAAAGAAAUGUAUUU